AUGCAUGAAGUAGUGACAAUAUCAGUUUCCCAAAGAGCUAAUCAUUUAACCACUCAAUUUUUCAAUAUACAGGAGGGCUAUUUGCAACUGUCCAAGGAACAGCAAAUUAAUGACUCUAAAAUUUUUCUGAACCCGACUAUAGACAAAGUUUCGAAAACAAUAUCAUUUGCACCACGUGCAUUACUUUGGGAUGCACGUACAGGUAAUGGUUCACUAGGAACAUAUCAAUACUCAGAUACCCAAGAUUAUCAUUUUGGCAAUGAGGAUAAGUUAGAGGCUCAGACAGUUAUAAAGACUCACCCAGUCAUACCCAAAUCGGAUUACCAGAGUGCUUUAGAUGCAGGAGUACCGCUACCCAGUUUGAACAAAAAAAAUACGAACUAUUGGUCUGAUUACUCGAAGCUGAUAUAUAGUCCCUCAAGUUUCAAUACACUGAAGGAUUGGUACCAUGACGUUGCGAAUCCUAAUCAACCUGACUUUCAGAACUUAGGAGAGCGAAGGUUUGACAGAUAUUCUACUGGUUAUGACGAAUUUACCGAAAAUUACUUGCAAGACUUUUUUGAUGGAAAUUUACACACAGAAUUGGAAAAGUGUGACACCUUACAAGGGCUAAAUAUUGUCACUGAUGUAGAGAGUGGAUGGGGUGGGGUUUCUAGUGCUUUACUAUUGGAAUUGAGAAAUGAAUUGCCAAAAAAGACAUUUUUUUCAUGGGGGCACAAUGAGGACGAUCCAUUCACAGGUGAUUUUCCUUUGAAAAGACUAAAUAAGAAAUGGGUUCAAAUCAUUUCGAACAAAUUAAGAAGUACAAUAAAUAUUAUGCAAGAGUCUGAUCUUUAUUUCCCAUUGUACGCCCCUUCUGGGCUAACUAAUUGGGAGAUUGCUGGUAAGAACUGCAGAAUUUUGGAUUCUAUAAACGCAACAAUUUCUCAAAGUGACCUUGAACAAAGAAAGACAAUGGAUUAUUUAACCACUGCCAUCACCUUAGGGGAUUCGUCAAGGAAUAUGGUAACUGAAAUGGUUAUCGGAAAUAACGAUUACUCAUUCUGUUCUCGAAUAAUCCCCUUCAAGAAUAGCCAUACACAUAACAAUGCCCAUGUUUUCUCAAGAAGUAUUGUUGCCAGAGGUAAUGAAAAGUGUCGAAAUCAUCCAAACUUCGAUUGUCGGAGCAAAGUGGUUGAAAUGUAUACACAUAAGUAUUUCCCAUCUGAUACAAUACCGACUGAAUUUUCCGAUGAUCGUGAAUUUUCCCUGGAAUUAAAUUCUUCUGAAAAAUGUCGAGAUAUAUUUAAGCAUUGGUAUGAAUUUGUAGUAAGAUACUUCAAAAAUGAUAAUGACAGAGAAGAGUUAAAGAACCAACUUUGCGAUUACGCCUCAGCGUACGAAUCUGGGUGGUACGAGGACGAUGAUUCAUGUGACGAUGAUAUGUGA